AUGGAAUUCAGUCCAGUAAUGACGUCAUUCGUUCAUCACCCAGUCUCAUCAGUGUUUAUGACACCCGAAACACCAACAUCUCAUAGAUCUCUUAUGAAUGGCUUCCAACGAAUGAGACAAGGCACAUAUUCACCAAAUCUCUUCUGUACUCCAUCGCCGGUCAGUCUUUCACCUGUCUCACAUGGAGUUCCACAAUACACAAAUUUCCAAUAUCCUCUUUACUUCAAUUUCAAUCAUACUCCGAGUACCUGUGAUAAGGUAUAUCUGCACUCUACACCUUCGUCAUCUCCCAGGUUCACAGAGAAUAUCCCUAAAAGAGAUCUCAUGACACCACCACCAGUAUUGACAGCAGAACUACCUUUCGAUGAUUCUAUGGAAUAUUCUGAUGAUGAAGAUGAUUUUGGACCUCCACCAUUGUUGGCUGGACACAGCUGUCCUCCUAAGCCAUGUAAGCCUUUGAAGUUCAGUGUCGACUACUUAUUAAGCUGA